ACUGUCCAGGUUGCUGAAGUUGAGCCACAGUCACAACCACAGCCUUCCCCAGAACUUCUGCUUCCAAAUUCUUUGAAACCAGAAGAAGGGCUUGAAGUAUGGAAAAACUGGGCUCAGACCAAGAAUGCUGAACUAGAGAAGGAUACUCAAAACAGAGUGGCACCCAUUGGGAGGCGCCAGUUACUGCGAUUCCAGGAAGAUCUCAUCUCCUCUGCUGUGGCUGAAUUGAAUUAUGGCCUCUGUUUAAUGACACGGGAAGCACGAAAUGGAGAAGGUGAACCCUAUGACCCAGAUGUGCUCUACUAUAUUUUCCUGUGUAUACAAAAGUAUCUUUUUGAAAAUGGAAGAGUGGAUGACAUCUUCUCUGAUCUUUAUUAUGUUCGUUUUACCGAGUGGCUACAUGAAGUUCUGAAGGAUGUUCAGCCCCGGGUCACUCCACUUGGCUAUGUCCUGCCCAGCCACGUGAGUGAAGAAAUGCUUUGGGAAUGCAAACAGCUCGGUGCACAUUCCCCUUUCACUCUGCUGACCACCCUCAUGUUCUUUAACACCAAGUACUUCCUGUUGAAGACAGUGGACCAGCACAUGAAGCUGGCCUUCUCUAAAGUCUUACGACAGACAAAGAAGAACCCCUCUAAUCCCAAGGACAAAAGCACGAGUAUCCGGUACCUGAAGGCCCUCGGGAUACACCAGACUGGCCAGAAAGUUACAGAUGACAUGUAUGCAGAACAGACAGAAAAUCCAGAGAAUCCACUGAGGUGUUCCAUCAAGCUCUACGAUUUCUACCUCUUCAAAUGCCCCCAGAGUGUGAAAGGCCGGAAUGACACCUUUUACCUGACACCUGAACCAGUGGUGGCUCCCAAUAGUCCAAUCUGGUACUCAGUUCAGCCUAUCAGCAGAGAACAGAUGGGACAAAUGCUGACCCGGAUCCUGGUGAUACGAAAAAUUCAAGAGGCAAUUGCAGUGGCCAGUGCAAGCACCAUGCACUGAGGAGAUGCUUCAGCCAUGGAACAAGAACAAACAACAGGAAAAACCGGACUUUGACACUAAAGAAGAGGCCUCCAUUUUUUCUCUUUCUUUUUUAUUGUUGUAGUUAUGAAGCUUUUCAGGCUACUUCUGCUAAAAAUGUAAAAGAAAACUGCCCCCUUUGCAUCUUCAUAGACCUGCACUGCGGCAAAUUCCUUGGCCCGAGGGGGUUCUAGGUUUACUGAAAGCCAG